AUGGCGACGCCUCUCCCAACUUGUUUCCAUCCCAUCACCACGGUCUCAUCCGCUAACCGGAUUACCAGGAUCAAGCCAACGGCGGCAUCAGCCUCCGGCAAGUGGUGGACCCCGCUCUUCGGCAUGCCGUCCGAUCCAGACUACAUUCACAAUCCGGAAACUGCUACCGGCGGAUCGGUAACUGGAAGCUCCGAUCCGGACAACGGUAGAUCACGAUUUGCUCCUGGGUGCUUCACGGAGGAAAAAGCAAAACAACUGCGGAUGAAGACCAGUGAAAUGGCUAAUUUCCAUGACAUCAUGUACCACUCCGCGAUCGCGUCUCGCCUUGCGUCGGAUGUCUCCGGCCGUCAAGACGGCUGA